AUGUUUUGUACAUUUCUAAAUAGGUUGCUGUUUGGCGAGCGUCCGUUUUGGUGGAUUCAUGAAUCCGGGGUCUACAGUGAGCAGCAGAUGCCCAAAUUAAAGCAGUUUUACUCCUCCUGCGAAACUGGUCCAGGUAGUCCUUCAGGUCAUGCCAUGAUCACAGGUGCAGCCUGGUGGGUUAUGAUGACCACACUUUCCGCAUUCAUUUAUGAUCGCACCAGAAGCUCAAUGGCAAAGAACGCUCCCAUCAUAUUGUACUUUGUGAUGUUGCUGGCAAUCGGAAUCUCCCGAAUAUUUAUUUUGGCUCAUUUUCCACAUCAAGUACUUGCUGGAAUAUUUACAGGUGUUGCACUUGGCUUUCUGCUGGGCAGAUACAUACCUGAGAAUAUCAAACUCAUCCAUUAUGUUACUACUUCAAUUGGAUUGCUGCUUGGUGCCUUGGGCUUAUACUGGGGAUUGCAUUAUAUUGGUGUCAAUGUCUCCUGGACGAUUCUCCUUGCUACAAAGUGGUGUGCUAAGCCUGAAUGGAUCCGCCUGGAUACCGCUCCAUUUUCUUCACUAAGCAGGGAUACAGGGGCACUCCUAGGGCUUGGUCUCGGGCUCUCCUCACCUGUGUAUUCCAGAUUACAGGCAUGGAAGAUGACAUGGAAACUGAAAAUGAUCUGCAUAGUGCUCUCUGUGCUCAUCAUUGAGAUAGUGGAUCAUGUACCGCUGUCAAAACACUCUAGCAUUCUGUUUUAUGUUCUGUUUUACUUGAAGAAUGCACUUGUUCCUGUCCUAGUCAUUGUUAUCAUCCCCUGGAUAGUGCAUUCCAUUUUUGUUAUUCAGCACUCUCAGAAACAACAGUAGUAUUGACAACAGGACUUGUACUUUAAAAUGGUUUAACCUCUGCUGCUUAUGCUACUUAUUUAGAAGCAUACACACACAUGCACGCACCGAGUUUAAGUGGCUGCCUGGAUCAAGAACAGCUCUGUCUUGAAAAAAAAUAGUAAUUGUAUUGAUGUUUUCUGUUGAGGGCCAUUUACAAAGAUAGUAGCAUCAAUACACCCAGUACCAGUAGAUGUCCUUUACAAUGUGUCAGAAUUACAUUCUAUGCUCCAAGGUGGGGACAAACCUACUCUGUAAACUCAGUCCCAUAGGAACACUGCAAUUGAUAAACUGUCUAGUUCACACCCCCCCCCCCCUCCAAAUCUACGCUGAUAAUGGAUUGAGACAUGAUUAAGCUACCAUGUUGAUGGAUAUUACUUUUAGUUGUGGGCACUUUUUUUUUGUUUAAGUUUCCAAUGAAUGUCAUUUGUUUUUGAAUCAGGUGUUUGUUACAGUUGUGCAGAUGUAGGCUGAAUGGUCAUGCUUACUUACUUUGCUAAGUGGCAGGUUUGGGUCCAAAGUCCAACAUGGAAUUCCUGAGCUCAACUAGUUAAUAGAAGAGGCAACUGACUGGGCACUUAAUCAUGAAGCUACUUCUGGGAUGUCAUUGCCAAUGUAGAUUAUAACUUAAGCCUCAUCACUGGGUAAAGGUAUUAUUGAUUCUCUUCCCUACCCCCUAUAAACAUAAACCUAGCCCCCAACAGGAAAGCUUCUUGUUUCAAAACAAGGAACACAAACAGAAGUUGCUGGAAAAGUCAGCAGGUCUGGCUGCAUCUGUGAAGAAAAAAAUCAGAGUUAACGUUUUGGGUCCAGUGACCCUUCCUCAGAAACAAGAACAAAGCUGCUUGUUUCCUUCUCUGUUCUUUUAAAAUCACUUGUUACGGACCAGACCAAACUCCCUCAAAGUAUAUUAAGAAAAUAGCUUAGACCCUAAAUUUUCCAUAUUUUUAAGGCAAGUGCCAGGCGUUGCAUUCUGCAUGCAGUUUGAUUGGUCAAACCAUCAGAUUGGAAGCAAAACACAUUUUAUUCACACAUUAUAGUUAAACUGCAACAAAAGAAAGAAGAAAUUGGAACAACCUAACUCUAUUGGAAAACGUAACAGCAUAAUAGAUUAUUUACCUACUAAACAGUAACAGUUCCAAUAUAGUAACAUCCCAUAAACACACACUUGGCAAAGGCAAAUUCAAUAAAAUAGAUUGUCUCACAUGCAUUUGUCCAGUCCAGGAGGAAAACUCUUGAGAGAUUGAGGAGUAUCAGAGAUGUACUGCAGCUCAAAAUUGAGUUUCAAGAUCCCAGCAGCUACUGCUGCUGAGAAACUAAAACUAGAAAUCCUGGUUCUGUGGGAGCUUGACCCCACCCAUUCAGGCUGCUUCUAUUGUUCCAACUUUUUAAAAAGACCCCAAGGCAUCACAAGCUGUUUACUUCAUUAGAUUCAAAUAUACAGCUCGUCUCCUCUCUCUUUCUCAAAAAGAAGGACCGAAUACAGCUCUUGAAGCCAUGGUACUGUCUCACACUUCAAAACUGACCUUUCUUACUACAUUCUCAUUGAGGCUCCAAGACUGCUCAGUCUACCUUUACUGGGUUAAAGCACCUUGAGAUGUUUUAUUACAUUAAAGGUACAGUUAAAUCCAAGUUGUUGUUUCCAUUUCUGACUUAAUCUGUUUAGCAAAUAUAAUUGGAAUUGGGAAUGAAAAGUAUUAAUAGUUAAUAAAAUCAGACAUAAACUUUUUUUACAACCCCUUUGUCACUUUACACCAGUCUUGCAGAUCAUGUUGAUGCUUUAAUUUUUCUUAGACAUGAAGUUAAUUCCACAAAAUAAGAUAUUUUGGGUUAUGGAGCCAGGCAGAUGGAUCAGUUGUGAUCUAAUUGAACGAUGGAUCAGGUUGGACAGAAUGGCCUUCUCCAAUUUCUAUUAUGUUUUGUGCUGGUACUGUAAUAAAACCAAAAGUGUGCUCUUGGACUUCCGAUAGCUGCAUGCUGAGUGAUAGAUACGGGAAUAAAACACAAGUUUUUGGACAUGGUCUUACGUCAUCAGUAAUAUGCUUUAUUUAUUUCAGCCACUGUCCCUGGAAUCCUUAGUGUCAUCUCACUGUUGUUCUUUUCCAUAAAGACUGUGAUUUACUCGAAAUAUAUUUGUGAAAAAAAACUA